AUUCAAAAGUUAUUUAUAAGGCAUGAAAAAUUAUAUAAUUUCACUGAUAAUAUUUCCAACUUUUUAAUUUGCCUGUGGCUUCUUUGAAUUUUUCUGAAAUGCCGUCAGUCUGGAGCAAACUUAGCGAUUUUUGGACGUGGUUUCUGUGGGGUAAAAGGACGUAUAGCGACUUGGAUGCAGAAAAGAAAAAGGAAGCAAGACAUGACCUCUAUUGUCGUCUAUUUGUCAUUUCCAAUUCAGUUUACUUUGUGACUUUGUAUGCUACAUUUUUGCUGAGUAUGAAAACUGCUACAUUGACAGAAAUCGGUUUAAAUAAAAUUGUUCCAGAAGGAGAUAUUUGGAAAAGGCGAGUUGGGAGAUGCUGCUUUGGAAUAUAUGCAGUACUCCACCUCAUUACAAUGAGCACUGGAAUGAUAUUUAUAGUUGCUCCAUUUUACAAAUUUGGCUUUACUAGAACAUUAGAAUUGCUACGAUAUUUUUUUGGCUUAUAAAUUUGAUAACGAAGCAAUGCAAUAAAUUAAUUUAUUUUGAUUAUUAAGUAAAUCAUUCGUAUUAAAA